AUGUCAGACAGAGGGGGCUACCUUCUCCCUUCGCCAAAAUACUCUUCAAUAAUGUCAUGUUCGGACGGUCCAUCAGGAAAUGCCUUCUUGGUGGAUUCUCUGAUAGGUGGCGGCAGGGCUGACAACUGCGGAGGAGGUCAUUACACGGGGAGCGCGGCCGUCGAAGUGCCUUACGGACUCCACAACUAUGGAUACUUCGCGCCCAAGCGGGCCGACGUGGGCCCCCAGAACCUUCUCGGGGGGCCGGGCGCGUACCUGUCAGGCAUGGAGAUGUGGAUGGACGCGCAGAGGUCGUGCCGUGUGGAGCAAGAGCGCUCCGGGGCUCCUCAGGUGGCGCCCUGCUCCUUCCCGAACAUUAAGGAGGAGAGCGCUUACUGUCUCUAUGAGCAAUCCAAGUGCUCCAAAGGUUCCGGUGCGGCUGAGGACCUGACGUAUUCGAGGGGAGCCCCCGGCUCAGUCAACGAUGGUGGAGGAGGAGGAGGCACGGUUCCCAUGCCCUGCUAUUUCCGCUUGUCUCCGACCCAAGCGCACCCUCAUAAACUUUACAACGCCGACGGCUCAGCGCCGAACCCGCCCUACUCGCAUUCUGGUGCCCCUGCACGCUUCCACUCGCCGCCGCAGGAAGACGGCAGGGCCAUAGAUGAGCCCGGGCCCAUGGCCAACCCUGACCGGCGGUCCCAGGUGGCGCCCGCCGGCGAAGAUCCGCGUGAGUCGGGCACGGAUGUGGAAGCCUCCUCGGCGGAAGAGGACACCGACGAGCAAGACAAGGACGGUAAAGGCGAUGGCAAAAAUGAAAACGCGGCCAACUGGCUGACGGCGAAAAGCGGCCGGAAGAAGCGUUGCCCGUACACCAAACACCAAACUUUGGAGCUGGAGAAGGAGUUCCUGUUCAACAUGUACCUGACUCGAGAGCGCCGCCUGGAGAUCAGUAAAAGCGUGCACCUGACUGACAGACAGGUCAAGAUUUGGUUCCAGAACCGCAGGAUGAAAUUGAAGAAAAUGACGCGGGAAAACAGGAUCCGGGAGCUCACCUCCAACUACGGAUUUUCGUGA